AUGGCCGCGUGUAGUAUGGAAACUAAGCGAAACGGGUUCGAUGCGGAACAAUCCUCACCGGAUCGGGUGAUGGAUUUUUACCGUAACGCUACUAUCCUGAUUACGGGUGGAACAGGCUUUCUCGGUAAGGUACUGCUGGAGAAAAUUCUGCGUUGUUUGAACGUUCGGAAGGUGUUUUUAGCCGUGCGUACCAAGAAUGGACGGAAACCUACCGAACGUGUGCAGGACCUGCUUAAGGAUGCGAUUUUCGAUAGGCUACGGAUGAUCUCUUCCAUCGAGCAGCUGCUUGAACGCAUCGAAGCGGUUGAGAUAUCGCUGGAAGCAAACGACACCGGUUUAGGAAUGGAUGGUUCCAAAGAAGCUCUGCUGCUACAAGACACUGAGCUUGUAUUCAAUGUGCUGGCGUCGGUGAAGUUUAACGAAAGCAUCAAAAAUGCUAUCGACACUAAUGUGGGAGGAACGCGGCGAAUUCUGCAACUUGCUCGGCGUAUGCAUCGGCUGAAAGCUAUAGUGCACGUUUCCACGCUUUACUCGAACUGUGAUCGAACACACAUACAGGAGAAGGUGUAUACGGACCGGUGGCUCAGCCCCGACAGUGUGCUACAGCUUUCAAAUCUCUUGUCGGCCAAUGAGAUGAGUCAGUUGCAGCACUGUCUGGUCGGUGACCUACCCAAUACGUACACGUUCAGCAAAAAGUGUGCCGAAUCACUAAUUCAGGAACAAUUUUCCGACCUUCCGAUAGGCAUCUUCCGACCACCAAUAGUUCUUUCGACUUACCGGGAACCGAUCGCUGGCUGGACGGAUAAUCUCAACGGACCGGCCGGACUGUGCCUGUGGACGGUCAAGGGCUAUGUGCGUGUGAUUCAUGGCAAUGGGCGAAAGAAGGCAAGCCUAGUGCCGGUGGAUUACUGCGUGAACGCAAUGCUGGUGGCGGGCUUUGAUGUGGCGGACCGAUCGAUAGGUCGGCAGCACAAACCGGAACCGGCUGAAUCUGGUGCUUGGGAAUCGCAACAAUUGGUGCCGGUGUACAACUACAUGUACUCGCAAUCAAGCCUUACGUGGGGACGCUACAUGAGUACGGUAUCGAUGGGAUUCGACGGGUGGAUCAAGCGGCUGUUCUGGUAUCACGCGUAUGCGAUUGUAUCGAACAGAGUACUGUUCCGAGUCCUUUCCCUCUGCUGUCACACAGUUCCGGCCUGGCUGCUAGAUCUCGUGCGCCAGAUUCAAGGCAAACGUCCCCUCUAUCGGCGAAUGGUAUCGAAGACGAACCGAUUCCUGGAAUUGAUGGCAUAUUUCGGACUGCGAGAGUGGCACAUUGCGAACGAAAACGUGGUCCGUUUGCGGACGCUGCUUACGCCCACCGAAGUAUCGAUGCUUGAAUUCGAUUUGUCCACCGUCAACUGGGACGAGUACUUUCAGUCCUACAUUCCCGGCAUACGACGAUACGUGCUGGCCGAGCCCGGUCUCAAGGAUCGACCAUCGAAGGUGAAAAGCACAACGUGGCAUCGGAGGAUACAGUUUUUCUGUCAACUGUUUAACAAGCUGAUAUGGGUUUAUUUCUGCUUAAAGCUGGGCCACCGGCUGUACGUGGUGCGAAAUUUAUUUUUCAUUUUGAUCUCGUAA